GCUGGCUGGUCAGAGUUCACCAUGGACCGCCUGGAAAGGGAGUAAUGCAGGUAACAUACUCUGCAUGUAUCUCUAGAUAAGUCGUCCACGGGACCGAGGAGAAGUCGUGUGUAGUGAGCAGUGAGGUGCGAGAAGUGACGAGUGUUCCGGAGUCAGAGGAGGUGGAAGUGUUGUGGGAUACAAGGAGAAGAUGUGAAAUGUGGAGUUAUCAUUGGACGGCUCGUCCCCGACUCGAACACACUUAAUGUGGAGACGCACAGGAAGGACGAUCGGCACCACGGCGAAGACAGGCAACGCAAGGAGGCUCAACACUCAAGUUUCUCCACACAAACACUUUUAUACAAUUAGACCAAAUGUGAUAUUUUCAUUAUUUGUUAAUUUUGACGUGUAAAUAUUUUAGUGUUUAGUGUAACUAGCGAUUGACAUUACAAGUUCGUGAUCCACGACAGACACUAUAACAAAUAAUCAAAUUAUACAAAAUAUUAUUCUAAAUAAGGAAGUGCCCAAGCAAGACAUCGUUAGCUCAUAACUCCAUUCUUUUUUCUCCAAGGUAGCGUUAAGUUGACAAGAAUCUCUCUCACCAUGGCGUUUUGCGGAAUCGGCAAACAUAGUUUUGAGGUGGGGGGUGGAGAACGGACAAUCUUUCCGGGGUUGAGAAACCUAUGAAAUAUUCUGGUGGACCCGAUCGCCUAGUGGAAGUAGUCGAGCCGCGCGGACGCAGCAGAGUUGGCAUUUUGGAUGGCGAGGAGCUGACCUCCGCCUGGCCUCACACUCAGACCCUCAGUGAUGCGACGCAGACGACGGAAGACGACGAAGCAACUCUACGGGAACUGCUUAUGAGUCUACAGAGACAGGUGAGCAUCAUGAGCAUGAAUCUGUCGGCCAAGCUGGAUGAGCUGCAACAACGGGGCGACCGUCAGCUGGAGACGACCGUCGCCCUGUGCGAGAUACGCAGCCAGCUGCAGGAGCUCACAAAGUCUGUCGAGUCGUGCCAGUCCGAGGUGAGCGAGGUGAAGCGGGACAUGGUGGCGAUCAAGAACGAACUCGACACCGUGCAGCAAGUCAAAGAGGAAAUAGAAGAGCUGCGGGAGUACGUGGACCGACUGGAGGAACAGACGCAUCGGCGGAAACUGCGGCUGCUGGAACAGGGUCUGACGUUUUUCCUGUGUUAUACGAUCCUCGCCGCUAUGCUGGGAAUGUUGCAGUUCGGCUACAACACAGGCGUCAUUAAUGCUCCUGAAUUUAAUAUAGAGAACUUUAUGAAAGAUGUGUACAAAGAUCGCUACGGUGAGGAUCUGCAGGAAGAGUCGGUCAAGUUGUUAUACUCGUUGGCAGUGUCGAUAUUUGCAAUCGGAGGAAUGUUGGGUGGAUUCAGUGGCGGAGUCAUUGCAAAUAAGUUUGGAAGAAAGGGUGGCCUGUUGCUGAACAACAUUCUAGGAAUUUGUGGAGCGUGUAUGAUGGGAUUCACGAAGAUAAUGCAUUCGUAUGAAUUGCUUUUUCUUGGUCGUUUUGUUAUCGGAGUCAAUUGUGGUUUAAACACGUCGUUAGUGCCGAUGUACAUUUCCGAGAUUGCGCCGCUGAAUCUCCGAGGGGGGCUAGGAACUGUCAAUCAGCUGGCCGUCACAACGGGACUUCUCAUCUCACAAAUCCUCGGAAUCGAACAGAUCCUCGGCACGGAUGACGGGUGGCCUGUGCUAUUAGGUUUAGCAAUCUGCCCUGCUAUUUUACAACUGAUUCUGUUACCAGUGUGUCCAGAAUCACCCCGUUACCUCUUAAUACAAAAACAAUGGGAAGAAGAAGCAAGGAGAGCGUUAAGAAGACUAAGAGCGUCGAACAACGUGGAAGAAGACAUCGAAGAGAUGCGAGCAGAGCAGCGAGCGCAACAGUCGGAGUCCACCAUCUCCAUGAUGGAGUUGAUCUGUUCUCCGACACUGCGAUCUCCGCUGAUCAUUAGCAUCGUGAUGCAGCUCAGUCAACAACUUUCUGGCAUCAAUGCUGUGUUCUAUUAUUCUACAAAUUUGUUUAUAAGUUCGGGUCUGACUGAGGAGACGUCAAAGUUCAUGACCAUAGGUAUAGGUGCGAUAAUGGUGGCGAUGACUUUAGUGAUAAUGCCUUUAAUGGAUCGAAUGGGAAGACGAACUCUGCAUCUGUACGGACUCGGAGGCAUGUUCAUAACCUCCAUCUUCAUAACAAUCUCCUUCUUGAUAAAGGAGUUUUUUGGUUAUGUUCAGGAGAUGAUCGACUGGAUGUCCUACCUGUCUGUUGUCUCGACGCUCAGUUUCGUGGUGUUCUUCGCCCUCGGUCCCGGCUCCAUUCCGUGGAUGAUCACUGCCGAGUUGUUCUCCCAAGGUCCUCGACCCGCGGCAAUGUCUAUAGCAGUUCUUGUCAAUUGGAUGGCAAACUUCAUUGUUGGAAUCGGUUUCCCAACGAUGAAGAAUUCACUGGAAAAUUAUACGUUCCUGCCAUUUAGCGUGUUCCUUGCGAUCUUCUGGAUCUUCACUUACAAGAAAGUUCCAGAGACCAAAAAUAAAACGUUCGAAGAAAUCCUUGCACUGUUUCGACACAACAAUGGAAGGGGCAGUCUUCGUGACAGUAGGCUAUAUGGUGUUGACCCAAAGACGCCCGAUGAGAAACCGAAGCUCAAGCUAAGUCACUUGUCACGAGUUAACUCGUUCUCGCAACAAGUUCUUAAAACGUAACCUAACCGCCGCUUCCAGCACUAUAGCUUGUUUUAGGUUGUUGACUUUACAUAUUUGGUUACCACAACUGCAAAGUGAUUGAUAUUGGUUGUUUAUUGUUGUAUACGAGUUUUAUUGAUUAAAUGAUGAAAAAUGUUCUUUAAAGUAGGGUUUUAAUAACACUCUAUGUUGUAACGUUAAGUAUUAUUUCUAAAGUUUAUUUUUAUUUGUUUCGUUAGUUUUUAAAUCAAAGUGUUUUAAUAUAAACUUUUUUGUAUUUCUAAUCUCAAAACCUUAACAUGCACGAGUAUUUAAAAUGUAGGUUAUAUUUAUUUAUUUUGUUAUGUUUUUUCUCGCUAAAGUAAUGAAAUUGACUUUGCACACACUUUGAUUUGAUAGAAUCAAGUCCUAGAUUUAAAAAAUAACCAGGAACUUAAUAUUUUUAGAUUUCAGAUUUUAAAUAGGCAUUUUGCAAAACAGAAUGUUUUAUUGAUAGUAAAUUUUUGCCAUUACUGGCUGCAAGGUUAAUACAAAAAUAAUCUAAAAAGGUAAUUACAGUACAAAAAGUUGGCCCACUUUAUUUCAAAUACCAAAUAAAGCUCUAGAAAUAAUGAAAGAAAAAAUAAGUUAGAAUUGCUUGAUUUGUCUCAUAGUCGGUAAAUAAAAAAACUCUUUGCCCUGAAAUAAUAUAAAAAAUAAUAUUGAAUGACUUCCCCCACUCUUGGAAAGCUAAACUAACAUAGAUUACAAUAUUCAAUAUAGUUUAACAUUCAUAUCUUAUAAAGCUUGUCGAUAAAAAGUUUCUAGAAUUUUAAAAAGGACAUUUUAUUACUAAAUACCGUAACCAUUUAUGUAUUAUUUUUAUUCAUAAAACCAUUAAUGAACUAUGUUUUACAUUACUUAAUAAAAAGUUAAUUGCUGUGAUUUUAAAGAUAAUAAGUUUGAAAUUUUGUAUAAAAUGUUUGACACUGGAGUAACCAAAUGUGUAAACUUACAGAGGUAUCAUAUUUUUUAUAACUAUAUUAUAAAUAUAAAGUAUUGCUAUUUUAAAUAUAUUUUUAAUCCGAUAUAUGUUUUAAUUGAGUUAUAUUUUUUAUAGUUCUUAUAUUUUUUAUUUCUCUUUG